GUGUGUGUUACCGUGCCAUCGCUGCAGUUGCUCGCUCCCGACACCUACCACGUCCCGCUGCAGACUUCCCGGGCCGGGAGAGAACCGGGAGAGAACCGGGAAGAGCGGAGAGCCAUGGCAGAGUCCAACCCGAUGUGGGGCUUCCCCCGUCUGCGCCGGGCCGCGACCUCAUUUCCAGGAAAUCUGCAUCUGGUCUUGGUGCUCGGCCCUAGCGGUUUGUUAAGCUCCGCCCCCAGUCCGUCUUCAAGCACUGACCUCGGCUUCCGCUUCAGCCAGGAUGACUUCCUGUUAAAGAUGCCGGUGGUGAUGUUACGUUCUGUUGGUGACCUGCUGCGCUACAUCGAUGAACACCACCUGACAUCAGACUUCACUGCAAAAGUGGAGUACUGCCAAAGUGACUGGGUCCUCCUCCGUCAGGCCAUUGAGACCUUUGCAGUGACAGUGAAGAAGAUCGCCCAGCAUCUUCAGGGUUUUGGCGCAGAGCUUUCUGAAACUGACCUUCCAGAUGAAGCUAAUGCCAUCGAGUUCCUGCUACACUCACACACACACCGAUACCGGCAGAUGAAGGACGAUAUCCGGAGCGUGCUGAAAGAAGGACGGCUGCUGCUGUCAAACCUGGAGACGGUCAAAGCCUCAAAGAGAGAUGUAGACGCGGAGAGGGACUUAAAAUCAGACAUGGACACUGUUCAAAGGCUCCUGGCUCAGCUCAGAGACAUGGAGGAGGCGUUUGAUGGCUUCUUUGAGAAACACCACCUGAAGCUACAGCAGUACCUCCAGCUGCUGCACUAUGAAAUGAGGUUCCACAAGAUGGAGGAGGUGCUGGAGAAGAUCACUGCCAAAGAGGCGGACAUUGACUCUGUGGGAACAACUGUGGUUCAGACAGAGCAGCUGCUGAUGGACCUGGAGAUACUGGACGCAAACGCUCAGGAGGAGAUGGCUCGUGCCCAGGUGUUGAUCCUGCAUGGCCACCAGUUGGCGGCCAACCACCAUUACGCCCUGGCGCUCAUUGUCCAGCGCUGCAACGAGCUGCGGCAUCGCUGUGACCUCAUCACUGCUGCCGUACGCAUCAAGAGGGCCUCGCUCACCAGAGCACAAGACCUGCUGCUCCGCCUUGAAGGGGCCCUUCGGUGGUGUGACGAGGGUGCCUAUCUUCUGGCGAGUCAGAUGGUGGACAGGUUCCAAACCCGGGAGGGGGCUCAGGAGGCGCUGCAGUACCUCACCUAUCACCAAGAGAGGGCGCCGUCUGCACUGAAGAACAAUCAGGACAUCGUCAGCCUGGAGCUGGAAGCCAUACUCACCCCACAGCUGCAGUCCCAAAUUUCCAUGGUGGCAGAGAAACUGAACUCGAUGCAGUCCAUGAUCAGAAACAGAGAGCAGUGUCUGAAGAAGCUGGCCGAUGUACAAAUCAGACCCAUUCAGCUGGUGGCCCCGAGGCCCGAACAUACCUCGCAGCGCUGCAAGUCACCCCUCUUCUCCCCAAAACAUGGUGUAGACUUUAACGUCCUGAACUCCAAGUUCUCCUUUGAUCUGCUACCUGGCAAACGAGCGGCGAGAAAGAACAACAACCAACGCAAGAUCGAGGUAAUGCAUGAUUUUCAAGGCAACCGCAGCUGUUUGUAUGGCUCCACAACAGAAACAGAUUCAGAGGCAGAAGACAAUCCAGAGCAGGUCACACGCCAUGUAAUGAAGGAGCUGAUCGCUACAGAGAGGAUCUAUGUGGACGAGCUGCUCUCUGUCCUUCUGGGCUACAGAGCAGAAAUGGAGGACCCAUCCAUGUCUAAUCUUCUUCCUUCAGCUCUGCGCAGCCAGAAGGACGUUCUGUUCGGCAACAUGCCAGAGAUUUACCAGUUCCACAGCAGGAUCUUCCUCCAAGAUCUGCAGAGUUGCCUGGAGACACCAGAGAGGGUGGGGGCUUGCUUCCUACAACGGAAAAAGAAGUUCCAGGUAUACCAGCGUUACUGCCAAAACAAGCCACGCUCCGAGUUGCUAUGGAGACAGUGCUCUGAUUCAACCUUCUUCAAGGAGUGCCAGAAGAAGCUAGACCACAAGCUGGGUCUGGACUCUUACCUCCUGAAACCAGUCCAGCGCCUCGCCAAGUACCAGCUGCUCCUCAAGGAGCUGCUGAAGCACUGCACGGAGGAUCUGUACCGCUGUGAGCUGCAGGAGGCUCUGGACUCCAUGUUGGAGCUGCUGAAGUCUGUCAACGACUCCAUGCAUCAGAUCGCCAUCACUGGAUAUCAGGCCGAUCUCAGCCAGCUGGGCCGGGUGGUGCUGCAGGGGGGCUUCAGCGUGUGGAUCAGCCAUAAGAGGGCGGCGGUGCGCAUGAAGGAGCUGGCCCGGUUCAAACCCAUGCAGAGACACCUCUUCCUGUACGAGCUCGCCCUGCUCUUCUGCAAGCGCCGAGACGAGGACAAUCACGAAAGGAUGCCCUACUACAGCUUCAAGUCCUGCCUCAGAAUGAGUGCAGUGGGAAUCACAGAAAAUGUGAAAGGAGAUGUGAAGAAAUUUGAAAUCUGGUACAGCGGCAGAGAAGUGGUGUACAUUGUUCAGGCUCCCACACUGGAGAUCAAAGUUGCCUGGCUGACGGAGAUUCGAAAAAUUCUCACCAACCAGCAGAAAAAUCGCCAUGAUGAGGCUCUUACACUUUCAGACAACCCUCUCUCUGACAGUGCAUCAGUGAUGUGUGUGUCGUGGGGCGGAGCAUCGGUUGGAGGCUGCUCAGCGUGUCUCCCUGUUCCUAACAGCUCCUCAACAACAAGCCACUCCCACAUGACUCGAGGGGAGGAGUCUAUUUACACAAGCCCCGCCCACUCUGAGCCAGUGGUCAAUUCACCUCGACGCACCUGGCCUGUUCCUGCUCACACCGUGGCGAUCUGUGAGGGCCUGGAGGACUGGGGGGCCGCUACAGACCUCUCCAACCUGUCGGACUCAGAUGAGGAGGAUCAGCCUUCCCCUCUGGUGGUGGGCAGGUACCGGGUCCUGGUAGAGAGCAGCAUGGCCAGCACUGAUGACAUCAUCUUCAACUGCGGUGACGUAAUCCAGCUGCUGCAUGAGGAAAUGUCGGGAAUGUGGAUGGUGAGGAAUAUAAGUCGUAAGGAAGAAGGGCGUGUUUUACCUGAGGACCUGCACAGGAUUCUGGGAGAAACCUGCUGAGUGCCAAUCAGAAUAGAGGAUUUAGGACACAAACACAGAA